AGCUUGCUGGAGUUGUUUGUAUGCAUAUUUCUAUAUAGAUUUGGGUCCCUCAUCCAUUCAUCCAUCGCUAAUCUCUCUGUCAUUAGUGUCGACAGCAUCUUUGAAAUCGGGAAGGGAAACCAAAAUUAGCAGCAGUGAGUUGUGAGCUGCCUCUUUCUUUCUUUCUUUUUUUCACUUUGUUUUGCAACUAGAAAAACUCAACACACUUUCUGCCCUCUCACGCGCAACACCUCCCUUCUCUCCUUAUUUCCUUCCUACUAAUCUCAUUUUAACCAUAUCUCUAUCUUCUCUCAAGUUCAUAAACACAGAAUUCUUUUCAGCUUAUAUGUUGAAGUAUGAAACAAGUUCAUGGUGUCAAGUCAUUAAGGUUUUAUUUAUAAGAAAUGACACUUGAAGCUCUUUCUUCUAACGAGUUCUUAAACUUCAUCAUUUAUGACACUAUUUCUGCAACCCCAUAUAGCAGCCAAGAAUAUUCUUUAGAGACUGCAGCCGGUUUCUCAUUGGGAAAUAAUUGCACAACGCCUCAAUUCCUUGAAGACCAAGUUCUUAACAUUGGCGCUUUAAAUACGUCUUCAUUUUCAGCAAUGACUCGACAACGUCGCUCUGUGGGAGUCGAAUCAAUGGACAAGAAGCAGAACCUGGCGGUGCGAGGGGGGAAGAAGAGGCGAAGAAAGCCGAGAGUUUGCAAAAACAAAGAGGAAGCUGAGACGCAAAGAAUGACACACAUUGCUGUUGAGAGAAACCGCCGUAAACAAAUGAAUGAGCAUCUUGCUGUUUUGCGUUCACUCAUGCCUGAAUCUUAUGUGCAAAGGGGUGACCAGGCUUCCAUUGUAGGAGGAGCUAUAGAUUUUCUGAAGGAACUAGAGCAUCUUUUGCUGUCACUUGUGACUCAAAAGCUCCAAUUGCUACAAAAUAGAGAAACUGCAGGAGCUGCUAACAGAGACAACAGCUUCUCUGUCUCUGAAAUGGUGUCACCACCUUUGGCACAAUUAUUCAUGUAUCCUCAUUACACAUGGUCUCAGAUCCCUAAGAAGUUUACAUCCAGGACAAAAGCAGCCAUAGCUGAUGUCGAGGUGACUUUGAUUGAAACUCAUGCAAAUCUUCGAAUCCUCUCUCGAAGAAACCCUAGACACCUCUCUAAAUUAGUUGCUGGUCUUCACUCGCUUCAUCUCUCCAUUCUUCACCUUAAUGUCAUCACAAUGGACCCUUUGGUCCUCUACUCUAUCAGUGCUAAGGUUGAAGAGGGAUGCCCAUUGACUUCAGUAGAUGACAUAGCAGGAGCAGUUCACCACAUGCUUAGGAUAAUUGAAGAAGCACAAAAUGUUGAUGGAUCAUCAUCGGUACUUUGUUGCCUAUAACCAGUGCUCCUGGGGUUGCAGUUGUGGCAGUCUUUUUUGUUUCUUUUCGGCAAAGUUGCCCUUGCUUUUUAGUGUUUGGCUUCUAUUCAAGCUUGUCUUUUAUCCCCCUUUUCAGCAUGACUUGUGAGUUCAAAAGGGCAAAUCAAUAGGGUUUCACUCCAAAAUGAAAUUAAAAAAAAAAAAUCAAUGGUCCCUGCAAACUCACUGAUAAAGUUUGGUUAAUUUUUAUGUGACAUGUUUAGGAGAGUGAAAUAACAGCGUUCUUUUCAUCUUA